AUGAGUGAAGCAAAGAACCCCUCUUGGAAUGACCAAUUCAAGAGCACGAACCAGCGCGACUUCAACACCCAAGUCAUCAUUUCGGUCGUCUUCGGACUGAGUGCGUUUCUUUCCUUCUGCGUCCUUCGCCCCAAGUGGACCAGCCUUUACCAUGCACGCAAAAAACACUCGGGCGCAGCGUCGCGUCUACCCGACUUGCCGAAGUCGAUGUUCGGAUGGAUUCCUGUCCUGCUGAGGAUUUCGGACGCAGAGGUUCUCGCCUCCGCCGGUCUCGACGCCUACGCUUUUCUGUCGUUCUUCCGAUAUGCCAUCAAGUUUCUCUCCAUCACCUUGUUCUUCUCACUCACCAUUAUCCUACCGGUGAACUACAGGUACACUGGCGAACUACCCUACCCACCCAUUAACGGCACGGCGCCAUUCUUCGAGCCUACAUAUCCCUAUGCCGACGAUGAGAAGAGACCCAAGAAGCCCAAGAUGGAGAAGGAUGACAGCUAUCUGUGGAUGUAUGUCGUAUUCGCCUACUUUUUCACCGCAGUGGCUGUGGCCCUCUUGAUUGUUGAGACCUCGACUAUCAUUCGAAUCAGGCAAGCUUAUCUCGGCACUCAGUCCACCAUCACCGACCGGACUCUACGCUUGUCGGGCAUUCCGAGCGAAAUGAGAUCGGAGGAGGCAAUCAAGAACUUCAUUGAGGAUCUGCAAAUCGGGAAAGUGGACAGCGUCAUGCUCUGUCGAAACUGGCGUAACCUGGACGAACUCAUGUCGAGACGCAUGACAUGCCUGCGCAAGCUGGAACAAUCAUGGGCAACGUAUCUAGGCCACACCCACUCGUUUCGCCAUUCUCGCCGAGCUCACGCGGAACGUGAUCUUCUCGAUGACGACGAUGAGAGCGGGGCGCUGUUAUCACGUUCGGAGAUGGAACGAGCUCACUCUACCCCCGUGGGCAGGAAACGGCCAACGGUCAGCCUUCGGUACGGGCCGCUCAAGCUCUACAGCAAGAAGAUUGACGCGAUCAAUUACUACGAGGAGAAGCUGCGGGUUAUGGAUGAGAAAAUCAAUGCCCUGAGAAACUCCGAGUUUCGCCCCACACCUUUGGCCUUUGUUACCAUGGAAUCGACCGCUGCAUGUCAAAUGGCCGUGCAGGCAAUUCUCGAUCCAAAGCCCGGGCAGCUCCUUGCCAGCUUGGCGCCGCCGCCAGCCGACGUGGUCUGGAAGAACACGUACCUUUCGAGGAAUCACCGCAUGAUCCGGUCAUGGAGCAUAAUGGUCUUUAUCGGGUUCCUGACCAUCCUAUGGGCUGCCCUUGUUGCUCCUCUGGCAGGUCUGCUCAGUAUCGAGGUCAUUGACAAGGUACUACCCGGGCUCGCUGCUGCCCUCGAGGAUCAUGAGAUCAUCCGAUCGCUGGUGCAGACAGGUCUGCCAACCUUGUUAUUCUCCGUGUUGGCGUUAGCAGUCCCCUACCUGUACGAUUGGCUCGCCAACCAGCAAGGCAUGACCUCCCAGGGAGAUGUUGAGAUGUCGGUGAUCUCGAAAAACUUCUUCUUCAUUUUCUUCAAUCUCUUUAUCGUCUUCACGAUCUGGGGUUCUGCUACUACAUUCUACGACUUCUGGCAGGAUCUGCGAGACAUCCUGCGAGACACUGCAGGUAUUGCCUAUGCGGUGGCCAAAGCUCUCGAACAGCUUUCGCCAUUCUACGUCAACCUGAUUGUCCUCCAAGGCCUGGGUCUCCUUCCUUUCAGGCUGCUCGAAUUUGGCUCGGUCGCGUUGUAUCCGUUCUACCUCGUCAGCGCAAAGACACCCCGGGACUAUGCAGAGUUGUCCCAGCCGCCGAUCUUCAGCUAUGGCUUCUACCUGCCACAGACCAUGCUUAUCUUUAUCAUUUGUAUUGUGUACAGCGUCCUCCCUGCCUCAUGGAUGAUCACGUUAUUCGGGCUGGUGUACUUUCUGAUUGGUGGCUUCAUUUACAAAUAUCAACUGCUUUACGCCAUGGAACACCGCCAACAUUCCACGGGUCGAGCCUGGCCCAUGAUCUGCAACCGAGUCAUCACCGGCUUGAUCCUCUUUCAAGUGGCCAUGACGGGUAUUCUGGCGCUUCGAGGAGCGCUGACCGCCUCGUUAUUCCUGGCGCCUUUGUUGGCCGGUACAAUUUGGUUUACUGUAUAUUUCCAACGUACAUAUGUGCCCCUGAUGCGCUUCAUCGCGCUUCGAAGCAUCGACCGACCAGGCACGCCUCAACUGCCCACCCCGCCGGAGUCGGCCUGGGACAGAGACACAGAGUACGGCCGUGCCGUCGACACCGACCCAGAGUCUGGCCUGCGUUAUAUCAACCCCAACCUCGUCCAGCCCUUGGAAACGCUGUGGAUAAGAAAGCCUGGACAUGGAAGUCAUCAGAACAAUUGA